AAAGAAAAACUGUGUAAACGAAAAAGGUGAGGAAAAAUGGAAAAUAGUGGAGCACGAAAACACAUAAGUCGAGAUAUAUUACACAUUACCCACCCCAACUGGAAAAUAAAGUUGUAUCCUUUCUCUGUGGUGCUAUUUACUGCAGUUUUACAACUUUGAACCAUUCCUUCACCUCUUUGUUUUGCUUUUUAAAAGGAAUUGCGAAGUCGGAUUUCGUUCAAGGGAAAGUGCAAAAUAUUUGGUAUCUGUUUCUGUAACUUGAGAAUUUCAUACAAUUCUCUUCAUUUCUUCAACCUCUCUGAUAGCUCUCUGUCGCUUGAAAUUCUGAGAUAUGGAGAGAGAUUUCAUGGGGUUGAACCCUAAGGAUGCUGCUGUUAAGGAAGAGCUUGUCGAGGGCGGCUGCGAAGAAUCUGGAUUUGCAAGGAGCUCUAGCGUUCCAUGGCCUACAAACAAGGUGUCUGGCCUCCCUCAAUUUAUGUCUUCGAGGUGCAAACAAGAUGAGAAGGCAAUGAAGAAUGGGCAGCUGGGAUAUCAUAUGCAUCCACUUUCCAUGAAGCCACAAUUCCUUGGUGGAAGUACUCAUACAGCUCCGCAUCAUAGUCUUCCUUCAGCUGACUCUACGGCAGGAAUAACUGAACAAUGGAUCAAUUCUAAGGCUUCUAAUGCUCCUGCUCAGUUGACUAUUUUUUAUGGCGGAACAGUGUGUGUCUUUGAUGACAUUUCCCCUGAGAAGGCUCAAGCGAUCAUGCUUUUGGCUGGAAAUGUGUAUGUUCAAUCUAUGAUGACUCAAUCGAAAGUUCACAUGCAAGCACCUGCCUCCAAAGUUCCAGCAGCAGAUCAACCAUUGGCUAACCAAUCCAUGAAUACUCCACCAAGUUCUGGACUCCCAAGCCCUAUGUCUGUUUCUUCUCACCCAAUUGAUCAGUCCAGUGUUCCAGGGACUAACAAUAAUGACAUCAAGUUAUCUAAGAUCGCUGGCAUGUCAACCGCCCUUGUUAACAAUACUGAACCUCCUAGAGUGAUGUCAUCUGUUGCUGCAUCUGCUUUAAUGUCAUCAGCUGUUCCACAGGCACGGAAAGCAUCUUUGGCUCGAUUUUUGGAGAAGCGUAAGGAGAGGGUGAUGAGUGCAGCAGCACCAUACAACCAGGGCAAGAAGGCAGCUGAUUGUAAAACACCAGAGUCGAAUGAUUUUGGAUUCUCGGCUACAUCUGGGACCUUCUCUAGUUCCGUCUCCGUCAGCAAGGAUGACUGACCAUAAUAUCUGUGAGAUCUUCACUUAUGUAGCUAAUAAACUCUGAAGUCUGUUCUAAUAUCUUCCGUUCUGUCGUGGAUUUAUAAAGUCUAUGAAUUCAGCUAUAUAUAUAUAUAUAUUGUAUCAUUCCCCAAGUGUUAUAGUGAUUUAUUUCUAAAAAAUGUAUCUCUUGGCAGACGGGCUACCUUAUUUGUAUUUACUGUAAACUUUAGAUCAUUUAUCGUGGUUAUUGAUUUCAACAA